UCCCAUUAAUAGUGAGUAUAAAAGAUUGUUUGUCCAUGUGUGGUUUGGAAAACAUUCAUCGCACUUAUCUAGGGCAAACUACUAAUUCUUAGAGAUGUCCAGAAGCAUAUUGAACGCAUUAACUGUUUUUGCUCUUAUGUCCUUAUCCCAGGCUUCCUUCAAAAAUGACUUGGAAAUAUUUUUGACUCCUUGGAUGAACGCAGCUGCUGGAACUCUGCCCUUGGUGCGUUUGAUAGUGAACGAAAUUUGGUUUCUUCAAAGAGAUAUUAUGGGUCUUGAAUCCGAGGUUUUGGGGCCCAUCUACCAAAACUGUGACCAGAAAUUGAUCACCAUUGAAGGGAGAUUAACAUCAGAAGACUCCAAAAAUUGUAUUCGGGGUCUGAGGAGUAUUCUCAAACUAUCAACUGAUAAGUACCAAUCAGAUGGUUUCUGCUUCAAACUUCAGCAAGAGAAAGCUGAGAGAAUUGUGAUCCCACUGUUCCAUUCUAUGUUUCCUACGUAUCCAACACCCGCAUGCCCAAUUCCACUUCUAUGCAAGAUCGACAUGUACAAUUUCAGCCCUAAAAAUAUCAGAGAAAUGAUGUCCGUAUUCAAACACUUACACAAAAAUUUUGUUAACCUCAUAAAAUUCCUUGUUUACUUCAAGAAAGAAAUUAUUGCAUGUAGGAGAAACUCUGAAUCUUAUAAUGCGUUAACAACUACGAUUCUUGAAGUGGCCCCUGUCUGCCAAAAACUGUAAGUUUUCUGUGCUUAAGCAUGUUAGACUGAAUAUUUGCAAUAAAUUGUUAUUCUUUCCAUUCAA